AGAUAACAGCGACGUGACGUUGGUUGAAAACAUUUCGGCCGCGCUGUCAUGGCCGGCUGAUUAUUGACAAACGUCAAUUUUGUAAGAAAAGUGUGAAUCGUGAAUCGACUAAUCAAAUUAGCGUAAAAAUGGCCAAUCCCGAGGCACCUGGUGUCGAUGACGUUAUAGCCGAGCCAGGAAUCGAGCCUGGGGCUUCGGCUGAGACGAUGCUAGUGACGACGGAUAGUUUCGAGGAAUACGAGCAAGAGAUGAGCAGCAGCAUAGACGACAGGCAAAUGAAGGAGAGCACGACUAGCACGAUAUCCGAACUCCAGGAGGACAUUCGGGAUGCCCCGCCAACGCCAACGGCGACCAGCCCCACGGAGCCAAAGCCUAGUCCUCCGGACGAUUCGGAGCUCGAGGAUACCACGCAGCAGCUCAGUCUGAAUAGUCUGGAAAUUGACCCGAUGAGGAACACGACGUGGCUGGCUCAGAAAAAGCAUAUAUUUAUACUAAGCCAGGCGGGAAAACCCAUUUACUCGAGGCACAGUUCCGAGGAUAAACUGGUCACACUUAUGGGCGUUAUGCAGGCGUUAGUUUCAUUCGUUCAAGAUGGUAACGACAUGAUCAGAUCGGUCCACGCAGGCGAUACUAAUUUCGUUUUCGUUGUCAAAGGUCCACUUAUCCUAGUCACUGUUUCUAAAACACUGGAAAGUGUGCCGCAGCUAGUUUUACAGCUAACAUACGUCUAUAAUCAAAUAGUUUCCGUCCUCACACAAGCUCAACUGACGAGGGUUUACGACCAGAGGCGAAACUUUGAUUUGCGAAGAUUAUUGACAGGCAGCGAGAGGUUAAUCGAUCAUUUGUUGAAUUUUAUGGAUAGAGAGCCAGCCUUUUUUCUAGGUGCUAUUAAAUGCUUGCCUUUGUUGCCUUCCAUGAGGGAUGCUAUUACUCAAACUAUUGUUCAAACUUGUGGCAAAAUUAAGAAUCUGGUGUUUGCGAUACUGCUAGCAGAUAAUCAGCUGGUGACAUUGGUCAGAAUGAAAAAAUAUUUCAUACACCCAGCUGACUUGCAUUUGAUCCAAAAUUUGGUUGCCAGCUCAGAGUCGUUUAAAACGGUAGAAAGCUGGACGCCAAUAUGUUUGCCCAAGUUUGAUUCCAAUGGAUUUAUGCACGGUCAUGUUUCGUACCUGGCAGAGGAUUGCCAAGCUUGUUUAUUGCUUCUGACUGUCGACAGAGACGUAUUCUAUUCUUUGUCGGAUGCCAAGCAAAAAAUAGUAGAGAAACUGCGGAGGACAAAUUGUUUGGAAGCCAUCAAUGAGUCAAUGAACAAAGCAUCUGUCACAACAGCAGAAAUUGGUUUACCAGAAAUGCGACAUGUCUUAUACAAAUGUAGAAGUACGGCACAAUUCUGGAGUCCUGGUUUUCAACCACCAUAUACAACAGAUGAAGAUAUCGAACGACUAUUGGGACUCUAUCAGUGCCUUCAUCACAGAUUGCAUGCCCCAAAUCGACCACUGAAGUUGAUAUUCCAACAAUUGGACAAAGAAACAAUGUUAGCAUGGGUAACGUCAGGUUUCGAAUUGUAUGUGACUUUUGAACCACUGGUAACUAAACCAGAUGCGAUAAAUUCUGUAAGCAAAUUGCUGAAAUGGAUAAAAAAGGAAGAAGAAAGAUUAUUUAUAUUGAAUUCACCAACGUUCUAGCAAGAAUUUGAAAUUAUGGAGAAAAAAGGCUCAAAUGUCUCAGUUGCUGCACCGUAGUAACUGUAAAAGUACUGCAAGAAUUUUUGUUAGAGAGUUUCCGUGUUGACGAUGUACGAAAAUUGUAAAAAUUGGGAAGGAAGAAACGUAAUAUAACGUAGAUUGUAUAAUUUCAAAAGGCUAUGACUAGGUAUAUUAAGAUUCAAGAAAUGCAGCAGAUCACAUCCAAUUUGAUUUCGGUUGAUGGAAAUAUUUAUUUUUGAGAUCAUUUCCUACAUCCGUAUAUUUGCUGUCGAAAAAUCUAUUUUUCACGCAUCCAAAAAUUAUAUUCCUUAGAAGCUCCCUAAGCAUAGGAGUCUUAUACGUGACUAAUUGCAUGACUAAUCGCCCAUUCCUUCGUACCUAUAUGUGUAUAUUGUAUACUAUAUUUUGCUCACUAUUUAUAAUUAUGAAACUUGAGAUUUUGCAGUUACUUUAUUACAAAGUAGUGCAGAUUUAUAAUAUGUAAAUAUCGCAUAAAAUAGAUGAAAUAUCGGUUAUUUAGAUAUUACCCACUUAUGUCCGUGGUCAGUAGCAUUACGGCCAUGCUAAGAAUAUAUUCUUUUAUGAUUAUGCACUGUUUUUACCUUAGAUAUCUCGAAGAUCGGAAAAAGAAUAUGCAAUGCUACUGCAGUGUUUCAAAUCAAUCUGUAUGUUCUACAAAAUGUAUAGAACGAAUAAAACGAAUUUUUCAGUGUCAGUUAUUCAUAUAACUGGCAUAAAACAUAUGAAAUUAUCUACAAUCUCCAAUACUAAAUAGCUUUGCCAAUGAAUUCGGUAACUGAGUAUAUCGGAUACUCACGCUCCUCUGACACAAUGUACGGGUAAGCUACUAUGUAGCAGUUAGU